UAUUUUUUUAUUUUGUAUUUUCUCUCGUAUAAUAAUGUGUCAACAGAAGUGAAUAUACUGGUGUUUAAUAAAACGUUCAUAGUUGUUGAGAAGUAUGUAGUGCCAUUUAUUUCGAGAAUGGUGUUUUAUUCAGUUAAUUGCAGGUUAUAAGUUUUCUUUCAUGUUGAAAAUGCCUGGCAAGAAGUCAGUUAGUCUUCUCUUGACCGUGGGACUCCUCUGGUCACCUGUUGGCGUCAGCAUCUCGGUGCUAAGACUGAGUGCGGCCACUGAUCACUGCAGACUGACGAACUCAACCCUUAGCUGCGAUUUUACAGGUGUUGGUGAGCCAGUGUACGCUGAAGACGGCUACUUGGAGAACAUCGAUUCUGUUGAAUGUCGAGGACCACCUGUUCUCCAUUUGCCCGAAAACGCUUGCAUUAAAACUAUGAAAAUUCAACACACAAAGAAAGUAGUGGUAACAGGGAGGAGCUGGAAGAGAAACUGCGGUGAAUAUCACUUGGUUGUUAAGAAUUCAACCAUGACUGCCCUCCCUCUCACCACAACGCACCUCCAUGCUGUGGGUUCAACGUUCUAUAAAAUGAAACUGCAUCCCAAAAUGAAACACGUUUCCGUCGCCAACUCGCGGGUUUCAGUCUUAGCCAUUGACCAGUUCCUAAAAGACUCUGUUAUGGUGAAUAUAACAAACACCACAGUGUAUUACGUGGACAGCCUGACAGCAUCUAAGAAAGCGGAAAUACAGUUUUGGACCAGCGACAUUGCAUACAUGCGAUUAGACAAGACAGCACUUCAGGAUAACGCUUCUCUCGUCAUGGUCGACAGUCGAGUCGGAGCAGGAGACACUCAGGAGUUGCUAGUUCCUCCAGGCGUCAGGGUGACUCUGGAAAGGCUAGAUGGCAAACUUGAAAUAAGGGCUAUUGGUAUAAUCACAGGAUCAGAAACAUCGCAAUCACCCAUAUCAUGCAGUGGGAUAGGCAUAGAGGAAUCUACAACGCAUUACGUUGAAGCAAUUGCAGUUUUCUGUACUUUAACACAGGCACAAUCCACUACGAAGUCACCGACGCACAUUCUCCUCACCAUGAUCAUCUCGUCUAUAUUCUUCAUGCUGUUGCCACUCGGGGACGCGACUCCUAACAUUCCCACGAGAGUUUCACUGGAUUCCCCUUCUUGUACCUUCACGCGACCGACACUGCGUUGUGAUUUUCGUGGGAUUGAGCAGCCCGUCUUCUUGGAAUCAAACCCUUUUGGCGACAUGACCAGGAGUAGCGACAUGACUGUGUUCCUCAGCAAUGCCAAGCUCCUCAUCCUGGAUGGACAUUUGUGUAUCAAUAUGGUAUUGCGAAAUAUAGAAGAGAUUAUAGUUACAGACAGUAAGGACAGUGAGUUGUGUCCUCAUAAGAAACUGAGAAUCCAAAACGUUCACAUGAAUAGUCUGCCUCACGGGCUCACUGACAUAUAUAUGGAUAACUCAAUCCUUGAUGUGUUUCAUCUUAAUGGAACUAAAUUACAAACACUUACUGUCAUCAACUGUAUCAUUCAUCAUAUUGAUGCAGAAACUGAUAUAACACAAGGAUCAAUUAAAGUACACUCAUCAAAAAUUGAUGUUAUAAGAAGAUUAUUUGUGAAUAACACAUAUCAAGUUCAGUUCUACAAGUCAGUGGUCAAUUACAUUCCUGGAGAUGGGUUCCAGCUUCGAUACUGUUCAGUAGACCUCAGUGAGAGUGAAAUUACCCAUUACUCCAAUACCAGCAUCAUCAUAUGUUAUCCAAAGGAUUUAUUGGAUGAUAAUUUUCAUGGUCAUUAUACAUGCUCAGAUUAUCAGGUAACAGAUAGGUAAAUACUCUAAAGAGACCAUCGGUAUUAUGGUUGUACUGUAUAAGCACUGAUAAACCUAUAAAAGGUUUACAAUUAUGGAGGUAAAGUGGUAGUACACUAAAAUCCAAGGUGUUUUGUAGACACCAAGAGAUCUGAUGAGUGAUUGCAGGAUUUCUUAACUUGGUAUUAAAUGCAAAAAUCCCAUAUUGCUGACAGAGCAAACCACACCUAUGUUGUAACCUGACACCAUGAUGAGUUCACUGAAAGCCUUUAAUGGGAAUGAAUGCAAUUAGUUGUAUAGCAAGUCACUAGUGUAGUUUGAUGUUUAAGGUGAGGUACUGAACUCAUUCAGUUCUCCAAUUGGAAUGGAGAAGCUAUAUCAUUAGAAAUCCUCUAAUAAAAGCAAACCAUAUAUAGGUACAUGCAAGAGGAUGAGAACUCUUUUAACUAUAAAUGGACACUACAUUAGAUAUUUUAGUGGUUAUGCUAAACAGGUUGACUCUACAACCUACACAAAAGAGGAAGAAUAACACUUCUGUAGUGAUUAGACUAAACAAAACAAAUCACAAGGGGUCUAGGAUCUAAAGUCUUGUGAAAAAUAACUGACAUAAAAAUUAAUAUAUCAACAUAUUUGAGAAAUAUAUUGAGAAGAGUAGAACAUAAAAUGUGUCAGAAAACAUCAACUUUGAAGAAGAAUCUCCCAAGCAAGCUAAGAGCUAGGAAUAAACAAACUGAAGGGAAAUCUUGAAAGAGAAGCUACAAAGUUUCAGAAAUAUAUCUGUUACAAGGUGGGAAUCAUUAUGGUGUUGUUUCCCAAGAUUUUAUUGUUAACUCUGUUAAGAGUAGAACAAUUUUGUAUACAGUCACUUUUAUAUAAUUUCUUUACUUACAUACAAAAUUCUCAUGAACUCAUGUAGGAAUGUAAACACAAACAUAGAGUUUGCAGUAUUUAACUUGACUAAAAACAUGAAGAUAUGUCAGAAUUAACCUUAUAAAUAACUGUGGACAGCCACCACAUGAUGCAUACCUUUGACCCUCAAGUUGGCUGCCACCUCACAGUGUGCUAGGAAUAGCUAGGAUCAUCACAGGCAGUAUCAGAUUCACUCAAACUCACAAACCCUGAAUCGGAUGUUGAGUGCCUUAGCUCACUAAGCUGUAGAGCCUAAUGGGUUGGUUUUGAUUUGAAAACAAAAUAAAGAAAAACAUAUCAAUAAAAGAAAACUAAAUCUAAUCUACAUAUGCCACUGUAAGGGACCAUGUAACCCAGAGUAACAACUAUUGGAGUAUUUCUAGCAUCAAUAAAGUAUUUGUAAUCCAGAUUGAUAACCAAUGAAGUAUUUGCAACCCAAGCUGAAAAGCAAUUAGUAUUUGAAACCUAAACUGAGAUCAAGUGAGGAAAAAUAACUCCAACUAAGCAUUAUUUGCCUUAUUGUAACUAAUGCAAAAAUGCCAUUGUGUAAACAAAGAAUAAUGUCCUACCUACAGUUAUUUUUGUAGUUGUUAUUGCUGUAAUCAAAAUUAAUAAGAAAGACAGAAGACAAAAACACCACAUAUUCCUUUUCAGGCACACUUCUAGACAACUCAGGUACACUCAGAAAUUGUUCUUGAAAAAAAUAAAAAAAUGAAAAAUGCAGUGUUGUGACACACAAAAACUUCAUAUCACCUACAAGCUUCACAUAAGUAAGAAAUAUAUGUUAAGACAAUAUGUUAAAUCAUAGACAGAAAAUUUAGCAGGUUACCCAUAGCUAACCACAAUCAAUUUCAACGUUGUAAACAUUGGUUUCUGUAAUUAAGAUUCAAAUUCUGGUAACACAAUAUUGCAGUUGAAUAUCAAUAAAAAAUAUUCAGUUA